AUGGCCACGAAUAAAAACGCGCAUCCUCCGUGGAUGCUGCGGUUUCGAUCGUCGACGGGGUUUAUUAUCGCGACGGUGUGGAUGUCGUGUUUUACUGAUUACUUUCUCUAUGCGAUGAUCGUUCCCGUAAUGCCAACCGCGCUGAGUGACCGAGCCGGAGUCCCAUAUAAAGACCGAGAAUACUGGGUCAGCGUCCUCCUCAUGUGCGAAGCCGCCGUCGCCCUCGUCUGCUGCCCUAUAUUCGGUUACCUAGUCGACGUCUCACGAACCCGUCAAUACCCCUUCUUCCUCGGCCUAAUCCUCCUCGGUGCAUCUAUGGGGAUGCUCUCCGUCGCACACACAGUAUGGCUCUUCGUCGUUGCCCGGUUACUCCAGGGCGGUGCAACGGCGAUGGUUGCCGUGGCCGGUUUGGCGCUGAUGACCGAUGCGGUGGAGUUUGAUAAUCUGGGACAGACGAUUGGGUAUUUGGGGUCUGCGAUUACGUUGGGAUUCCUACUUGGACCGUUGCUGGGUGGGUUGGUGUAUAAUGCAGCUGGGUAUAAUGCGGUGUUUGCGAUGGCGUUUGCGAUUAUCGGGGUCGAUUUGGUGAUGCGGGUGGGGGUUGUUGAGAAGAAGGUGGCGCGGCGGUGGAUUAGCACUGAACACGAGGAAAAUGGGAAUGGGAAUGGCCAUGUGCAUUCGUCUGUGGGUGGUUAUCACACGUUCCCUGGGGAGCCUGCGGGGGUUGAAGAGGACAAGGGCAAGUUUGCUCUGUUGGAGAUUGCCCGGCAGCCGCGGGUGCUCAUUUCGUUGUGGGCUUUGUUGGUGCAGGGAUUACUAUUCUCUGCUUUUGAUGCGACAAUUCCCAUCUUCGUGGAGUCGACAUACGGCUGGACCCCAUUUGAAGCCGGAAUGACAUUCCUCCCAUCCGCCAUCACAGCCCUUUUCGAGCCUUACUUCGGCUACAUCUCCGACAAACACGGCAACCGCAUCGUAGCCUUCACGAGCUUCCUCCUCCUCUCCCCACCCCUAGUCUGCCUCUACCUCGUCGAACACAACGACACAGCCCACAAAAUCCUCCUCAUAACUCUCCUCACCAUAAUCGGCGCCCUCCUCAAUAGCGCCGUCCCGGCCCUCUUCGUCGAAACACAACAAUUGCUCGAAGACAUGGAGCGCACGGAACCCGGGAUCUUCGGCCAGAAGGGCGCUGUUGCGCAAGCAUUUGGGAUCCAGACUAUGGCGCAGUUUUCGGGUCUGUUCCUCGGGCCGUUGUGGGGUGGGUUUGUGACGUAUCGGUUUGGGUGGAAGAGUACGGCGUGGUCGUUGGGUGUUCUUGCGGGUGUUACGGCUGUACCGAUGUUAUGGCUUAGUGGGAAGCCUGAUAGGGAUACUGGGGAUCGUGAGGGUGAGAGUGAAGAGGAGGAGCAGGAGCGGUUGUUGGAUAGUUGA